AACCAGAUGUUUUAAAACAUUUUUGAGGUAUAUUUUGUUGUCAGCACUAUUCCGGAGUAAUGAGCAAAUAUAUUUUACCAGUUUCUGUUUUCGGGACAGUGUUUGGAUGCGCUGUUUUACUGAAAAACCAUGUGACUGGAGGCCGGUGUCCCAGUAAAGCUACCAUUAACGGAAAGACUGUGGUGAUAACAGGAGCCAACACAGGCAUCGGCAAAGAGACUGCGAAAGAACUGGCCAAGAGAGGGGGUCGGGUCAUCAUGGGAUGUCGUGAUAUGGAGAAGUGCGAGGCGGCCGCCAAAGAAAUACGUGGGAAGACCCUGAAUCCUCACGUUUACGCGCGUCACCUCGACCUGGCCUCCGUGAAAUCGGUCCGAGAGUUUGCGGGGAGAAUCAAACGAGAGGAGCAGCGCGUGGACGUGCUGAUCAACAACGCAGGGGUCAUGAGGUGUCCGGAGGGGAAGACAGAGGACGGCUUCGACAUGCAGCUUGGAGUGAAUCACUUAGGCCACUUCUUGUUGACGAAUCUUCUGCUGGAUGAGUUGAAAAAGUCCGCCCCCAGCAGAGUGAUCAACCUGGCCUCGCUCGCCCACAUUGUUGGAAAGAUUGACUUUGAGGACUUGAACUGGGAGAAGAAGAAGUUUGAUACCAAGCAGGCGUACUGUCAGAGCAAGCUUGCCAAUGUUCUGUUCACCAGAGAGCUCGCCAAGCGAUUACAAGGCUCAGGAGUCACAGUAAAUGCUGUGCACCCCGGAGUUGUUGCCACGGAGCUCGGGAGGCACACCGGGAUGCACCAAUCGCAGUUCUCGAGCUCCGUACUCAGUCCCUUUUUCUCACUGUUGGUGAAGAACUCAGAGCUGGGGGCCCAGCCCAGCGUCUACCUGGCUGUGUCCGAGGAGAUGGAGGCGGUGACAGGGCGGUACUACGACGUGAUGACCGAAAAGGAACCGGCGCCCCAGGCCCUGGACGAGGAGGCAGCUCGCAGGCUGUGGGAGGUCAGCAGCAGGCUGGUGGGUCUGGAGGAGGAAGGACAGUCCAGCACGUCAAACCCACCAGCAGAAGCUCAGAACAAAGCUGCACAGAGAGACCCGGCGCUGACAGUUGGACAGAACCCACAACCAGCUGUCAGGACAGAGGGACUGUAGGUCGGCUCCGGCCUCUGGAGCAGCAGAAGAUAAUGGACCUUUAUGACUUGAGCUGUACCAGGCUCAUAGGAACAAUUCACCGUCUGACAUUCUGGUUGUCUGUGCUGUGACAGUCUAUUGUACAACUCUUUAUGUUCCUGCAUCAGGAUUUUAAAGAGACAAUGUGAUUAAUUCAUAAAUCUGUUUCAGAAUUGAAUUUAUCAACAAAAAAAACAACAAACCCUUGAUCACCUCAGUACACUCAGGGAUUUUGCUGAUAUAGACUCACAUUGUCUGGAAGUAACUUACGGUGCCUAUCGUUUGCCAGCUUUAAAAUAAUACUUGAGAUUUCUAAUUCAGGUUGUUUGUUUUGUUGAGUUUAUGACUCUUCUCUGAGCAGCAAAGGACAUGAGAAAAACUGUGAAGAGACAGUGUUAAUUGACAAAGUGAAGAUGUAUCAGAAGGUCCACAAGUAAACAGCUAAAUAAAAACAAAACAGAAAGAAAAGGAUGAUUCUAAAAUACUGCUAGAUAUUAAAGAUCACUGCCAUAGAACAUCUGGAAUGUUGAAAUCAAA